AUGCGGUGCCAAGAGAGGGGAAUGGUGCAUGCAGAUGUUAUGUUGUAUCGUGGAGGGGCGAGGCACGAGGAUGAAAAAGUGAGGAAUAAGAGAUUGGAACCUGGGAUGGUGCUACUGUCUAAUGAAUUCUGUCGCUUUUGCAAGGGAAAGAAGGGGACUUGGCGUUUUCGUGGAGGUGUUUCGUUGUACGGAGAGAGGAAAGGAUAUAAUUCAACAGUUGGUCUUGCUUGUUCUAUAACCCCCGUCCUUGGUUUCCGUAUGGUUCGGUUUGGGCCGCUUUGUAAGAUCAUCAUCCUCCCCCGCCUUACUGGCCCGCAGCUAGAGAAAGAUAGGGUAUAG